AGCGUAAAUCAGAUUCAAGUUGAUAUCAUCAACUAAUUGUUGACCAAAGUGCAAUGACAUUUGCGAAGACGUUAAUACAGACAUCAAAAGCAUCGGCAAUUAUGAGUGUGCAAGAAUCAUAAGUUUUUCAUAUACAAAACCUAACCACACAAAAGAAUCUUUUCACUCAUCUUCUGUUGUGCAUGCGUCGGAAACUACUUGUGUCAUGUUAUAUGCGCCAAUACAUUUACAUUCGUAGACAUAGUUGACAGAUACUGCCAUAUCAAUCAUUUGUAUUCAAACCCUUGUGUAGCGGCUUAACCAUAUUUACACUGUGUCAAAUAAUUACAAUAAAAUUAAUUCCGCAGAAUAAAGAAAUAAAGUGCGAGCAAAAAAUCUAAUUUCCACUUGAUCCCGUGUCUUCAGUUCACGUUUUGAAUAAGCAAAGGUUUAAAAUAAAUAAAAAAAAAAUGAAGGCUUGGAAAGUGGAGCUGAAUGAUUUGCUGGAGAAAAUUGAGCGGCACACAUCAGCUUCGCUGUGGCGCAUCAAAAAGGAGUUUGAGCGAUCUGGUUCAUCGUUUGAUAGGAAGUUCAGAAAACGAUUUUUACGACUGACAAACAAUCGGUUAAGUGAAGUGUACGACCGAAUUGAGAUUGAGUCGUUGGCCACGGAAGGUCAUCGAAGUAAUCAAGGACAAGUACAUUACCGCAAUGACAGUGAACGACCCGGAAUACGGUUACGUGGUACUCGUGAACCGUCCGAGGAACUAGAGAAAAAUUUCAAACAGAAAAUGGUUCGGAAUGAGACGAAAAAACUAUCAACACAUUCGAAAAAGUCCAAGCACAUAACAGCACAACGGCCAGUUGACAUUAGCCGACGCCUUGGAAAAAAACAUCACAAAAGUGAUAUCGAUGAGUUGCCAAAUGGUAUAUUUCCCAUCGAAAAUAUAAAAAAAGAGGCGACUGGAAGCAGUUCGAAUCCCUUUCGUUCUAGACGUACAUCAGAGUCCACGGUGAGCCAACCGCCUGAUGGAAACGAUUCUUUUUCACACGUCAAAAUAAAAGUUGAGAAUCCAAGUCCGACAUCAUCUCAAUCAACUCAUGAUGGAUGUACGCUGAAAAGAAAACAUGACACGAACAGUGAAGGCAACAGCGAUAACAAUGAGGGAGAUACCAAAAAACGGAAAAUAAACAAAGACGAUAAUAAUUUGGGUAAAGAAGAGGAAACUUCAUCUUUGGAAGAUAUGGAAUUCUAUUGUGUUCACUGUUCGGAUUCAAACGAUGCCAACGAAUCGAAUAGCGGAACAAUUGAAGAUGUUUAUGGUCAUUGGCUUUCAGGCCAUACCGAUUUGAAAAAUGUGAAACCAUUUUGGUUUUAUGUUACCGGCACGUUGGCUUGUUUCUAUUGUAAUUUCGUUUGCAAUUAUCAAGAAAUGGUUAAGCAUCACCAGGAUAAUCACACAGACGAGCCAUUUGCAGUCGUUACACAAGCUGACCGUAAGAAAUGUGGCUUAUGUCAAUACCACGGCGAUGAAAUAGUUGCUCACUUUGCAGCUGAACAUGAUGGAUUAUUUCAAUCAACACUAUUCAAUCCGGCUCGUUUAUCGGUUGGUAUUUUGGGAAAACUGUUUGCUAUUGACAUUCACAAGAAACGACAAUGCGGUCGUUGCGACAUCAUUUUGGAGACACAACAUGAAAUGGAAGUGCAUCAAACGGCAGAACAUAACGGUGAAACGAUCUCUAGCGAAUAUUUUGAUGGUCAAAGCGCAUAUGUCAUUUGCGAUCAUUGUUCAUGCAAAGUUGAUGGCACGAAAUUUUUCCACCACAUUGAAAGUCAUCGGUACAACUUUCCGUGCUCAAAAUGCGAUUUCAAAACGAAAAACUUGAUCGAUUUGGUGGUUCAUGAAAAGGAUGAGCAUCGCACAAACUCAUUGAACUAUCACUGCUUCGAAUUUUCGGAACGAUUAAAGAAGCAAUUCUUCAACUCGAAGGUCGUCUUCGGAAAUGGACUCGUGCUCACGAAUUACAAUUUCAAGAACACAAUCUACGAUGACAGCGAACAAUUUGACACAUUCAUUGCAUCUCUAAUCGAAAAGAUGAAGCGAAAAUUCAACCGAAUCAUGGAGAAGAGACAGGUCAAAGAGCCGGACAGCCGUGCUACAUCUCGUGCGGCAUCUGUGAUAUCAAAUACAUCCGACAGAGUGGAUCAAGUACGUUCUCUAUCCGUCGACUCACAUCGCAAUCCAUUCCGAGUUUCAUCGAUGCCAUCACUUAUGACCGAACUCGAGCAACAGAAUCAGCUGGACAACAAUCUUUCUGUGCUUGGAUUCCCUCGUUUGAGAAAUGAAGACUUGACAGAAAUGUUCUUGAAAUUAUGCAAACAGCUGAAGGUAAAUGUAUCACAUCGUGAUAUCGUUCGUAUCUAUCGUACGAAUGGUGUUAUUGAGCAGGUGAUUGUUAAAUUUCGGAACUUCGAAACCAAGGUAAUGGUGAAAAAUAGCGCGCAUACAAGAGAUGUGUGGACAAACGAUUUGUUCAAAUUGCCACCAAAUGAAAAGCCGACAAAAAUUUUCAUCAAUUUGCAUACGACACGUUUCUACGGCAAAAUGGUGAGUAUCGCAAGGGAAGCACGAAAAAAUAACAACAUCUAUUCGUACUACUUGUGUAAGCGUGGUUUGAUUGUCAAACGCACUGAAAACAGCAAGGAACGUGUCAUUUUGUCAAACAACGAACUGAUGGACUUCAUUUAUGGGGAGAAAAAGAGCAAAUCAUCUGCUCAGAAACGCAGCCAUCAAACGAGUCGACAGACAAAUUGAAAAAAAAAAUUCAAUGGUUUUUUACGGGUCGAGUAUUAUUUCCAAAUGUUGGAUAUUAUCGGCCACAAUGAAUUAGUUUCAAAAACUGAUCAGAAUUAACCACUAAUGUAAAUUUUUCGCUAGCCGUUAAAUUAUUUGAAAUGAAAUUAUUACAUGUUUUGUUAUACAAACGAAAUUCAAUUCAAUUUUGAACCAAUUCUCUGCGAAAAUAUGUUUUUACAUAGUAAAAUAACAUUAAAGCGUAUCAUUCGAGAAAAAAAAGUAAAACUAAAACUUAUAGGAUUCAUGGUAUUUGCCUUAGCUUAUUAUAAAUUGUGGCCAAUGAUACGUUAAAAACUUUUUUCUACAUCUCGAUCUAUGUUAAGGACCUUCAAAAGAGCAUUGAUAGCGUACAAUUCAUAAGCUCAAUUCGUUAUUUACCUAAUUUUCUAACAUAUACAUACAUUUAAAAUGUAGCCAAAAAAAACAAAAAAUUAUUUCUAACAAUGCUAUCCAAGUGGAUGAACAAUGUUCAAUAUAUAUUUGAAUCUGUUUUAAAUUAUAUUUAUUUCAUUUAUUAUGCGCUUAUAGUCGGCAAUUUUUGAAGAAAAAAAAUUCUUCUGAUUAACAUAAAAAAUGACGCCUAUUGUUAGGAAUUGCAAUUAAAUGAAAUAACAGUGAAUUUAUUCGAUAAAUUGGCGACAUAAAUUGUUAACAUUGAAUUAAAAAUAAAUCAUAUAUUUUAGGUGUUUCACGAAAUAAACAGUGAAA